CAAGUGGAAAAUGUCACUGGGCACUUUAAAGAAGAGAGAGGGGCGAGAAUGAGGAGACGGAGGGAUGAGUGACAGAGACAGAGAGAGAGAGAGAGAGAGAUUGCACAAGAGAGUGAGAGAGUGAUGUGCGAGUAGAAAGACAGAGGGACAGAAAGAGACAGAAGGAAAGGAAAUCUUCUAAACUCGUCAGUCCAGCAGAGGAGACGACAAUGUGUUUCCUCCCAGGGACCCCCAGCUACACUUACUGACCAAGGCUCAUGAGUCAUAUUGUGGUCAUGGCCGUGGAGGUCCUGGUCUCCUUGUGCGUCCUGGUGGCUCUGUCUUCAGUGCAUGCAGCCCACUCUCACAAAGGCUCACAAGGACUCUCCUGUGUGAAUGACUUCAUCAACAAUGUCAGCUGCACAUGGAACAGCUCUCGGUUGGCUCCUGGUGUGGACUGCACCAUCUCUGGUGUGAUGACAACCUGGGUCUUUAAGGACCACAGGAAGCAUCGCAAGUUCAUUAAGCAAAGCUGCAAGCUGAAACAACACAGACACUCUCCUCCAGGCUGCAGUUUUGUCUUUGAAAAUGAAACAUUCAACCCUUUUAAAAACAUGCCCUACAUCAGCAUGGAGUGUAACGGCACAUCGGUGGAGAACAUCACAAACUAUUCACCAUACGAUCACAUCAAAAUGCAUCCCCCAGGCGCUCCCAAUGUCAGCUGCACUGCCAAUGAGACCACAAUAUCCUGGAGUCAAGGCAGCCGCCCCUCUGAUUUCUUCGAAUCCUUUUACUUCCAGGCUCAGAUCAAACAGAAAAAACAGGCAUGGAACGAGGUCAGCAAUCUGCCAACAGGAGAACAAGAGCUAAGUUUUGCUGCUUCGAAACUAAAAGGGCAUCUCCAGGUCAGGGUGAGAGUCAAACCUACUGUACAAACGCACAACAGCCACUGGAGCGACUGGAGUCCAACAACAUCCUGGGUGGGAGCGACGGACACAGAAACAUCACAGGAUCAAGAGUGGACUUCACUGGUAAUACGAGGAGUGAUGUUUAGCUUGUGUCUCAUGAUUUUAACGCUGGUCGUUUACUGGAGUUGUGUGAGCAGAGGGCUCCUUAAAGGAAAGCAAGUCCCAAACCCUUCGAAAUACUUCCACACUCUUCACUCUGUACACGAAGGAAAUCUGAAGAAAUGGCUAAAUCCUCUCUCAGCUUCUGAGUCAUUCUUCAUCACCCAGCCAAGCGACCGCAUCUCCCCGGUUGAGGUGUGUGAAAGCUGGGACGUUGUCCCCUCCACCUCCCCCUCCUCCAGCUCCACCAGCGCCCUGCUUCACUUCCGGAGCUACCCCUUGGCCGCCUCGGACACCAGCGGGGUCGUUGACAAUUCCUCCUCCUCCUCUUCAUCCUGCUUCUCCAACAUGGGCUACUUCAUGUCCAGCUCCUCCGGCAGCUCGGUCCGAACCGACCCCAACCCCGUCUACUUCACCUAUCAGGAUGAUUUCCGCCAUCAGCACAGCGACAGCCACAACCUUCACCUCUCCCUCUCCCUCUGCGCUUCCCUCGACGCCUCUCGGACCUAUGAGAGCUUGAAGAGGGAGCCGCAGAGCCCAGACUCUGGCUUUGGAAAGGAAGAUGAAGAAAGCAAGGAAAAUAAAAGGGUUGAGGAUGUAGAAGUGAAAAAGGUUUCAGAUCAUCACCAGAGCCCUCCUCUUCUCAUCCUCCCUCUUCAUCUUCCUCCCCGGAUGAGCCCCUGCCCGUCUGCUCCACCUCUUCCUGACGCUCCCUGUCUGUCUCCGACAUCCUCCGACAGCCAGCAGGUGGAUGUAGCUGUGGCAGCUGGCGGCAGCUACACGGCCUGGCCUACAGCUGGUGCCAUGUGCAGGUCUUCCUCCAUGCCUGUGGAACCCUGUAAAACAGGCUAUCUGACCCUUAAAGAACUACAGACAACAUUCAGCAAUAAAUCCAUCUAAAAACUUGUAAUGUUCUCAUAUUAAAUAUAAUGUGUUUAUAUCACAAUCAGCCUGACUGAACGUGACAGGAUGUACAUGUUCUUUAAAAAAAAAAAAUCUAAAAGAAUUCAUAGUUUUUAUGCUUUAAAACUUCAGUGUGUAGGAUUAUCAGGGAUCUAUUAACAGAAUUGGAAUAUAAUAUUCAUAAUUAUGUUUAUUGCUUAGAAUAAGCUCUUUAUAGCUACAUAGAUAGAUGGGUAGAUAGGUAGGUAGGUAGGUAGGUAGGUAGGUAGAUAGAUAGAUAGAUAGAUAGAUAGAUAGAUAGAUAGAUAGAUAGAUAGAUAGAUAGAUAGAUAGAUAGAUACUUUAUUUAUACCGAGGGAAAUUCAAGCAUCCAGUAGCAGCAUUCAAACAUACAUUGAACAUACACUAUACAUACAUUGAAAAUAAAAAUAAUCUUUACCAAUAAAUAAUUGACCUACGAUAAAUCUGAAUUUACAUUAAAAUAUUUGCUAAAGUAUUUAAACAUU